AUGGUUCGUAAAAAGUUAGACAAUCGUAUUCGUAUAUUAAUUGAAAAUGGAGUUACCGAGGGACAUAGAACAAUGUUUGUUGUAAUUGGAGAAAAAGCACGAGACCAGAUUGUCGUGUUACAUCACAUGUUACUGAAAUCGUCAGUAAAACCAAAACCUAAUAUCUUAUGGUGCUACAAAAAAAAUCUAGGAUUCAGUAGUCACCGGCAAAAACGUAUGAAGAAGAUAGAAAAAAAAGUUAAAUCCGGAAGAAUUGAUACAGAUACUGAUGAUCCGUUUGAAUUAUUUGUUUUGUCUUCAAAGAUACGUUAUUGUUAUUACAAUGAGACCCAUACUAUUUUGGGUCAAACUUAUGGAAUGUGUGUUCUUCAGGAUUUUGAGGCACUGACUCCAAAUUUACUAGCUCGUACGAUUGAAACUGUUGAAGGAGGCGGUUUAGUAAUACUGUUACUACAAUCAGUAAACUCUCUUAAGCAAUUGUACACCAUGACGAUGGAUGUCCAUCGGCGAUACCGGACUGAAGCUCACCAGGACAUAGUAUGUCGCUUUAACGAGCGUUUCCUUUUAUCACUCGCCUCCUGCAAUCGCUGUUUAGUAGUCGACGAUCAACUCCGCGUGCUACCUAUAUCAUCAGAGAAUUUGCAAAUUGAGCCUGCUCCAAAGAUUUCAUCCGAAGAGGAGUCUGGUGAGCUAAGUCUUCUGAAAGAUAGUUUUCGUGAUACUCAGCCAGUCUCGUCGCUCAUAAACUGCUGUAAGACUGCUGAUCAGGCCAAAGCUCUGCUCCGAUUUAUCGAAACUAUUUCUGAGAAAACUUUGAGAUCUACUGUGUCGCUAACUGCCGCUCGAGGACGUGGUAAAUCUGCGACGCUGGGACUUGCCAUUGCUGGUGCAAUUGCUUUUGGAUACUCAAACAUUUAUGUCACUAGUCCUAGUCCUGAAAAUUUGAAAACUGUCUUUGAAUUUAUUUGCAAAGGUUUCGAUGCCUUAGCAUAUUCAAAAAUCGCUGACUACGAUUUGAUAGAAUCAACAAACCCAGAGUUCCGUCGAGCGAUUGUUCGAAUCAACGUAACCCGUGACCACCGCCAGACAAUCCAGUACAUUCACCCUACGGAUUCGAACAAGCUGAGCCAAGCCGAGCUUUUAGUAAUCGAUGAAGCAGCGGCGAUUCCACUACCAUACGUUAAAUCACUUCUAGGACCUUACCUGGUAUUUUUAUCCUCCACCAUCAACGGCUACGAGGGCACAGGACGUUCUCUGUCUCUAAAACUAUUGCAGCAGCUCCGAAAUCAGUCAACCGUUGCCCUCAAAAACGACAAGUCCAAAAAAGCCCAGUUUGAGAAAAGUUUAGGCCGCCAGUUGCAUGAAAUAACCCUCGAAGAAUCUAUCCGGUACAAGCCAGGGGACCAGGUCGAAGAAUGGCUGACAAAACUACUCUGUCUCGAUGUGGUUACGCCGAUUUUAACAGGAUUUCCUGACGAAAAAGAUUGCCAGCUGUACUACGUUAACCGUGAUGCCUUGUUUUCAUACCACAAAGCUUCCGAGAUGUUUCUUCAGCGUUUAGUAUCGCUGUACGUAGCUUCUCACUACAAAAACUCACCUAACGAUUUACUGAUGAUGUCAGAUGCACCUGCGCAUCAUCUGUUCUGCUUAUUACGUUCUUUUGAUGCUUCUAGUACUUCUCUCCCAGAGAUUUUGGUCGUCAUUCAGGUGUGUCUUGAAGGAGAGAUCAGGAAGUCCACAGUGACAAAUAGUUUAGGCCGUGGCCAAAAAGCUGCCGGUGAUUUAAUUCCCUGGACUUUGGCGCAAAAUUUUCAGGAUGAAAAUUUCCCGAGUUUAUCAGGCGCGCGCAUCGUUCGCAUCGCCGCGCACCCAGAUUGCUACGGUAAGAAAUACGGUACUCGAGCCCUAAAACUUCUCAAGCAAUAUUAUGAGGGUAAGAUUCCGAAUAUUGAUGAGAGUGAAAUUGAAGAAGCAAAAACAGAAAUAGAGAGUGUUCCUGAAGAACAGGUAGAUCUGCUUGAAGAAACAAUCGAACCAAAGAAAAAGCUGCCUCCAUUGUUAGUAAAAUUAAGCAAACGCCGUCCAGAACAUUUAGACUACCUGGGAGUUUCUUAUGGAUUGACGGAACAGCUGCUAAGGUUCUGGAAAAAGUCUGAGUUUGUUCCUGUUUACUUAAGUCGCGCCUGUAAUGACAUAACUGGUGAACACUCAUGUAUAAUGAUCUCUCCAGUAAAGCAUAAUGAUGAUGAAAAGUUCGAGUGGCUUGAAAAUUACUGGAAUCAAUUCCGCAGGGUGUUUAUAGCCGAACUGGCAGGAAUUUUUAGGAAGUACUCACCAAGUAUGGGUCUCGAGCUGUUGACAAGCAACGUUUUUAAGCCUAAAAAGGUGACUUUGAGUAAAGAAGAUCUGGAUAGGUACUUUAAUCCACUUGAACUCAAGUUUUUGGAACAGUACACUAAAAAUAUGAUGGACUUCAACGCGGUGGUACCCUACUUGCGUAAGUUAGCAGAGCUUUCUUUCCUUGACCUUAUGGGCGAAACAGAAUUCAAGGCCUUGCCUGCUGCGAUUAUGUUAGGGUUAGGAUUACAGCACAAAAGUGUCGACCUUCUUGCGUCGGAACUUGUAGUAAAGGACAAAAACAUCAAAGACAAAAAAGACAAAGCCUUAGAACCGUCGCAAGUGUUGGGAAUUCUCACCAAGUAUAUUCGUGGAGCAAUGAAAUAUUUAGACGAGAUUAGCAAGGGCCAUGUAGCGAAGACUUUAAUGGGCGAUGAAACGGUGCAUGAUAAUGUUAAAGUCGAUUCAGAGGGUAGUAAGUCUUUACAGAAAGAAUUGGAAAUGGAGGCGAAGGAAUUGCAGGCUAAACAGAAGAUCGAGCUCGAGAGACUCAAGAGAGAAGAUUUAAGACGGUAUGAAAUUAAAGGUACUGAUGAGGAGUGGAAUAAUAGUUUGAAGGGUAAGGGUAAUAAAUCCUUGAUUUCUGUUAAGAGUGGAGAGAAGAGGAUAAGUGACGAGCCGAUUGAGUUUAAGGAACCUGGUGAGCUAAAGAAGAAAAAGAAGAAACGCUUUUCAAAGUAAUGUUAAUGCUA